CGGGACACACAUGUAUACUCCUUAACGAUUCUGUGCGCCUGGUACUUGUGAAAGAUUCAGUGACGUGUUAAAACUCUUUAUUUGUGAUGUAAAAUCGUCAAUUACGUUAAAUAAGUACUUUAAGCGCUUAUGGCUUAGCAGUAUCUAACUAAAGAGUUAUUGCAGUGCGUAAAAAAUCCCUUAGAAGCAAUGUUAUUAGUAAGCAGCAGUAAUAAAAAAAUGUGAAUUGCAAAUAAAAAAUGAGUGAAAAUUAAAUUUAACAAUGCACCAAGGACAUGUGAAAUUUCGGACACGAUUAUGGCUAGUGUUGCCAGUUUUAGUGGCUGUGUUGUUGGAAGUGGUGAGCCUAAGCGGACCCAACGUGUGCAUCGUCAAGCAGAAGUACAACAUAACAAAACGCGUCAAGUACAGAGCUCCGAUGUCAGUGCGGACGUACGUCUGGUGUUUCUCCAUGCCCCCGCGUUGCUCCAACUGGACCACCGAGAUGAGGGACUUGACCAAGCUUCAGACCGAAGAGAAGACAGCAGAAGUGGCCGUCUGCUGCCAAGGGUACAAGAUGAAGGACGGCUCCUGUGUUCCGAUCUGCCCUAACGGAAAAACUGGGCCAGGUUGUUCAGAGGAUUGUCUGUCUAACAAAUGGGGCCCGAAUUGUGUGAACGAUUGUGAGCCCUGCGACCACGGGACCUGUUCUCCUUUAGACGGCACGUGCCGUUGCGAAGACGGAUGGCAAGGUGAGAGUUGCGAGCUGAGCAUGCCAACUACAACACCAGCCACAGUAAGCAAACUAACAAAGAAACCCACAACUAAAAUUCCUGCUCGAAUUAAUACCACGCCUGCCACUGCGAUAGUUAAAUUUUCCACCGAAACUCCCUCGGCCGUUUCUCAAAGGACUACUGCCGGAACAAUGGGGUAUACAACAAAAACUUCGACUACACCCCCUCUCAACGCCACCACUGAAAGGAUGAGCGAAGAAUUUUCUAGAAACACUCCAGUCGCUACAACCGGUAUGUCCGCCACGAAGAAACUAACAAAUAGUGCUAUUGAAACUCUAACGAAAAUUGCUUCGACCACUUAUAAGACCGUUGACUUCGAGGACACUAUAAUAGAAAAUACUACGCAAAGAACUGAGAUACAAACUACGAACGCGACCAGCAAUGAAAUCUACACAACCGAAUCUUCAAUUAACAAAGGAAGCAGCAUUAAUGCUAAUCAAAAUAUAAACAGACAAAUGGAAAAUAGACAGCGACCUACCACUUCUGUCACCACGGAGUCUACAACAGACAUUACUGUAAUAACCACAAAGAUUAUGAUUGAAAAUUCUACUGCCACUCUUCGUUUAAAUGCUACGACAGAAAUGGGAGUCAUAGAUAUUACUAGUGAAGAACAAAAAACUUUACAAACAACCACUGAGUCAAUUAAGAUGACAACGAAAAGCCAAAGCGUUUUUCGGACCGAAACAAAUAAUGAUCUAUCAUCAAAUUCGACUAGUUUGAACAAUAUUACAAAUACAGCUACAACAAAAAUUCUAAGCGAAUUACCUAAAAAAACAGAAUCUACCACGCGGCUAACAACUACCAAUUUUAAACCCAAAGAAAUAUGGAUAAAGCCGGCGCAAAAAGGUGAUGCUUUUGAAUCUAAGAAAACGAUAUACGAUGUAUCGAGACACAGGAUUGCGGCCAAUAAUGACAAUCCGAACACAACACCGAAGACAAUAAUAGUGUCCAUAAUACCCACGUCAGUGUCUUAUGUAACAUUUAAGCGGAUAGCCUUAACCACUGUGACUUAUUUGACCCAGAAACAGAACGCAACACGCUCUCAACACACAACCGAAGGAUUCACUAAGCCAAUCCCCGUGCAAAUAACCGUAAAGCCAAUAACUAAGACAGAUAACUUUUCAUUUACGACACCACAAAUAACCAAUAGAUUAAAAAGCACGCCGGUACCAGCAAAACGAUUAACAGAUAACAAAACUAAUCGCAUGAUCGAAGUAACAAGUUCACUUAAUGAACAUACUACAGAGAAAAUUGCAAGUUCUACAAAAACAGCUAAUAAAACAGCCAGUAACAACUCAACUAAGGGAAAUGAAAAGUCUAACUUUAUACACAUAGUGACGACGGAUAACCCAGUGGAUGAAGAAAUAUUUCAUAUUUUGACAGAGCCUGAACACAUAACAGCUGUGAUGGGAGACAAAGAAAUGGGAAGGUCUUCCGUGGACUUAACGUCGGUAGUCAGCAUAGCGGUUGGUAUAAUGAUAGUUAUAAUCACGGUAGCCGUUGUUAUUGUAAUGAUUGAGAGAUGCAAAAGACCACGAUAUGACGAAGUCAGGAAGACGGAUGAUAGAAUGCAAGAUAUUCCACAUAAUGAUGAUGCACCGCCACCUUAUGUGAGGAGUAUUUUCCAUUCGCCAUUGCCAGAAUUACCUUCAACGGGACUGUCGUGUCACUACCAACCGAUCUCAACUUUGGAUCGUAACUUGAAACAGUUCAUGAGACCGGUCGUAGUUCAAUCGAUUUCGCCAAUUAUGCUCGAAAACUUUAGAGAUAUUUUGGAAUGUCACUACGACCAUUUGCCUAGGAGGAGUCACAAUUUAUCGAUAGAUGGACGCUGCUCACUAGCGCCAUCUAUGACGUGUUGCACUGAACUACGUACGCAUUGCAUGACCGACGAAACAAUUAUUGAAUCUUUAAAAAGAGAAGCAAGACUCGACAUUAUCGAUAACACGACAUCAGAACCGCUGUACGCCGAGAUCCCUUGCUGGAGACCCCCGUCAGAACACGCGGUGGAAAUAUUAAACAUGAACGGCGAAGCUGUGACGGAAUUAUGA